UCAGGCGUCGGGGCAGCCUUUUCGCCACUAGGAGGGAGCUGCGGCACGGACGGGAAGGAGUCGCCGGGAGUGGAGACGCUGCCUGGUCUGUGUGCGGCGCGCGCGCCCACCUCCCGGGGAAGGAACGGCGAGGCCGGGGACAGUCGUGGUGAUGGGGCGCCGGGCGGCGGCGGUGGCUGGUACGCUGCUGCUGGCGCUCGCCGCCAGCCUAGUGCCGGUCCGAGGCCAAGAAUGUGACAGUGGGCAUUUUCGCUGUGGAAACGGACGUUGCAUCCCUGCUGCCUGGAGGUGCGAUGGGACCAGAGACUGCUUGGAUGAUACAGAUGAAAUUGGCUGCCCCCACUCUUCCUGCCAGACGGGCUAUUUCAUGUGUCAGGAUGAUGGAAGCUGCAUCCCUCACUCUUGGGUGUGUGACCAAGAGGAUGACUGUACGGAUGGCUCAGAUGAACAUCAGCAUUGCCCUGGGGUAACCUGUUCAAGUCAUCAGCUGACAUGCUCCAAUGGUCAGUGUAUCCCGAGAGAGUAUAGAUGUGACCAUGUGAGAGACUGCUCCGACGGAUCAGAUGAGAAAGACUGCCAAUAUCCAACAUGUGAGCAGCUUACUUGUGCCAGUGGAGCCUGCUAUAACACAAGUCAGAAGUGUGAUCAGAAAAUUGAUUGCAGGGACUCCUCGGAUGAAGCCAACUGCACUGGGAUGUGCACACACAGUGAGUUUGAGUGUGGCAAUGGAGAGUGUAUCCCUCGAGCCUAUAUCUGCGAUCAUGACCUUGACUGUGAUGACGGCACUGAUGAACAUAACUGCGAGUACGAGUCCUGUGGUGGCCAUCAGUUCACUUGCCCCAGUGGGCAGUGCAUUCAUCAGAACUGGGUUUGUGAUGGAGAUGAUGACUGUCAAGAUAAUGCAGAUGAAGAUGGAUGUGAAAGCAGUCAUCAUCGCUACCACACAUGCUACCCAAGAGAAUGGGCUUGUCCAAAGUCUGGAAAAUGCAUCUCCAUUUUUCAAGUGUGUGAUGGGGUUUCAGAUUGUCCAGAAGGAGAAGAUGAAACCAACAUAACUAGUGGAAGAAAUUGUGAUAUGAGUAUGUGCUCUGUUUUAAACUGUGAGUACCAAUGCCACAAGACACCAAGUGGAGGAGCGUGCUUUUGUCCCCCAGCAUCUAUCAUCAACCACAAUGACAGCCGUACCUGUCUUGACUUUGAUGACUGCAAGAUAUGGGGAAUCUGUGAUCAGAAAUGUGAGAACCGAUUUGGCCACCAUCUGUGCCACUGUGAGGAGGGGUACAUCCUGGAGCGUGAGCAGCAUUGCAGAGCUAAUGAUUCCUUUCAAGAGGCCUCCAUUAUCUUCUCCAAUGGUCGAGAUUUGAUUAUUGGUGAUAUUCAUGGAAGAAGCUUCCAGAUUCUAGUAGAGUCUCAAAACCGUGGCGUGGCCGUGGGUGUGGAUUUUCACUACCGUCUGCACAAAGUUUUUUGGACAGAUCCUGUGCGAGAUAAGGUUUUUUCAGUUGACAUUAAUGGUUUAAAUAUCCAAGAAGUUCUCAAUGUUUCUGUGGAAGCUCCAGAGAAUCUGGCUGUGGACUGGAUUAACGAUAAACUUUACCUGGUGGAGACAAAGGUCAACCGCAUAGAUAUGGUAAAUUUGGAUGGAAGCCAGCGGGUUACCCUUAUUACUGAAAACUUAGGGCAUCCUAGAGGAAUUGCCUUGGACCCAACUGUGGGCUAUUUGUUCUUCUCAGAUUGGGAGAGCCUUUCUGGGGAACCCAAGUUGGAAAGAGCUUUCAUGGAUGGCAGCAACCGGAAAGACUUAGUAAAGACAAAGCUGGGGUGGCCUGCUGGCAUUACUCUGGAUAUUGUAUCCCAGCGAGUUUACUGGGUUGACUCCCGCUAUGACUAUGUUGAAACUGUAACUUACGAUGGAAUUCAAAGGAAGACAGUGGUUCAUGGAGGCUCCCUCAUUCCUCAUCCCUAUGGAAUAAGCUUGUUUGAGGAUCAUGUGUUCUUUUCUGAUUGGACAAAGAUGGCCGUGAUGAAGGCUAACAAGUUCACAGAGCCUCACCCCCAGGUAUACCACCAGUCUUCCCUGAGGACCUACGGAGUGACUGUUUACCAUGCUCUCAGGCAACCCAAUGCUAGCAAUCCCUGUGAAGUCAACAAUGGGGGCUGUGAGCAGAUCUGUGUCCUGAGCCACAGAACAGAUAAUGAUGGUCUGGGCUACCGUUGCAAGUGUACAUUUGGUUUUGAGCUGGCCGCUGAUGAGCGCCACUGUGUGGCUGUCAAGAACUUCCUGAUCUUUUCCUCCCAGCUGGCUGUGCGUGGAAUCCCAUUCACGCAGUCUGUUCAGGAAGACGUCAUGGUUCCAGUGACUGGGAGCCUUUCCUUUUUUGUUGGAAUUGAUUUUGAUGCCCAGGAGAGAACUAUCUUUUUCUCAGAUACAUCAAAAGACUUAAUAUAUAAGCAAAAGAUUGAUGGCACAGGAAGAGAGAUUCUCCUAGCUAACAGGGUAGAAAAUGUUGAAAGUUUGAGUUUUGACUGGAUUUCAAGGAAUCUGUACUGGACAGACUCCUCGCACCACAGCGUCAGUGUCAUGAGGCUGGCUGAUACAUUCAGACGUGAAAUAGUGAAGAAUUUAAACAAUCCACGAUCAAUUGUGGUCCAUCCUUCUGCUGGAUACAUCUUCUUCAGUGAUUGGUUCCGUCCUGCUAAAAUUUUUAGAGCAUGGGGCGAUGGAUCUCACCUUAUGCCUAUAGUCAACACUACUCUUGGAUGGCCCAAUGCAUUGGCCAUUGAUUGGGGAGCUUCACGAUUGUACUGGGUUGAUGCCUUUUUUGAUAAAAUUGAGCACAGCACCUUUGCUGGGUUAGACAGAAGACGACUGGGCCAUAUAGAACAGAUGACACACCCAUUUGGAAUCACCAUCUUUAAAGAUUCUGUGUUCUUCACCGACUGGAGGCUGGGUGCUAUUGUUCAAGUCAGGAAAUCAGAUGGGGGAGGCAUGACCGUUAUUCGAAAUGGCAUCACCAACAUCAUGCACGUGAAAUCAUAUGACACUGACAUCCAGACUGGGUCGAACUUCUGCAGUCAGCCCACUCUCCCCAACGGCGACUGCAGUCACUUCUGCUUCCCAGUGCCAAACUUCCAGCGGGUGUGUGGCUGCCCCUAUGGGAUGAAGCUCACGUCCAAUCAGCAGACAUGUGAGGAAGACCCAGUUCACGAACCACCCACAGAGCAAUGUGGCUCCUUUUCCUUUGCAUGUGACAAUGGCAAAUGUGUACCGAACUUUUACCGCUGUGAUGGAGUCGAUGACUGUCAUGACAACAGUGAUGAGCGUCUGUGUGGUGCAUUUAAUAACACCUGUUCAUCUUUGGCAUUCACCUGUGCCCACGGAGGACAGUGCAUCCCUGGACGCUGGCGCUGCGACAGACACAAUGACUGUGCAGAUGGCAGUGACGAGCAGAACUGCCCCACAUAUGCACCCACCGUCUGUCCUCAGUCCUACUUCACUUGUGAUAAUAACCACUGUAUCUCAAGAAGCUGGCUCUGUGACACAGACAAUGAUUGUGGGGAUGGAUCUGAUGAAAAGAACUGUGAAAGCUCACAGACUUGCCAGCCUAGUCAGUUUCGUUGCCCUGACCAUCGGUGUAUUGACCCAUAUUAUGUUUGUGAUGGGGACAAAGACUGUGUAGAUGGAUCUGAUGAGAUUGGUUGUGUAUUAAACUGCACCAGUUUACAGUUCAAGUGUGCUGAUGGGAGUGAAUGUAUUACCAAGAGCUAUCGUUGUGAUGGUGUUUUUGAUUGUGCAGACAACUCUGAUGAAACUGGCUGUCCAACCAGGCCCCCUGGUAUGUGCCACCCCGACGAGUUUCAGUGCCAAGGUGAUGGUGUGUGCAUCCCGAACACUUGGGAGUGUGAUGGACAUUCAGACUGCAUCGACGGGUCGGAUGAGCACCAUGGCUGUGUCCCUAAGACUUGCUCUGCAUCUCAGUUCCGCUGUGACAACGGGAACUGUAUCUUCAAAGAGUGGAUCUGUGAUGGGGACAAUGACUGCAGGGAUAUGAGUGAUGAGAAGGACUGUCCUCCUCCACCCUUUCGCUGUCCCAGUUGGCAGUGGCAGUGCCCUGGCUAUAGCAUCUGUGUGAAUCUGAGUGCUCUGUGUGAUGGCGUCUUUGACUGCCCCAAUGGGACAGAUGAGUCCCCACUUUGCAACCAGGACAGCUGCUCAAAUUUCAAUGGCGGUUGUACUCACCAGUGUGUUCAAGGGCCUUUUGGGGCUAGAUGCAUAUGUCCACUGGGAUACCAACUUGCCAAUGAUACUAAGACAUGUGAAGACAUAAAUGAAUGUGACGUUCCAGGCUUUUGUAGCCAGCACUGUUACAAUAUGAGAGGUUCUUUCCGGUGCUCUUGUGAUCAAGACUACAUGUUAGAAGAUAAUGGGAGGACUUGCAAAGUUAUAGCAUCUGAAAGUCUGCUGUUACUUGUGUCAAGUCUGAACAAAGUUAUUGCUGACAACAUCACCUCCCAGGUCCACAAUAUUUAUUCAUUGAUACAGGAUGGUUCUUACAUUGUAGCUAUUGAUUUUGAUUCAGUCAGUGGUCGGAUCUUUUGGUCUGACUUACGGCAGGGCAAGGCCUGGAGUGCAUUUCAAAAUGGAACAGACAGAAUAGUGAUCCAUGACAGUGGCAUGUUUGUUACUGAAAGUAUUGCAGUGGACUGGAUAGGUCGUAAUCUUUAUUGGACAGAUUAUAUUCUGGAAACAAUUGAAGUCUCAAAAAUUGACGGGAGUCACAGGACCGUGCUGAUUAGCAAAAACGUAACAAAUCCAAGAGGACUAGCAUUAGAUCCCAGAACAAAUGAGCAUCUGAUGUUCUGGUCUGACUGGGGCCGUCACCCUCGUAUUGAACGUGCCAGCAUGGAUGGCACUUCACGCACUGUCAUUGUCCAGGAUAAGAUCUACUGGCCCUGUGGCUUAACCAUUGACUACCCCAACAGACUGCUCUACUUCCUGGAUGCCUAUCAUGAUUACAUAGACUUUUGUGAUUAUGAUGGACACAAUCGGAGACAGGUGGUAGCCAGUAGUUUGGUCCUGGUGCAUCCCCAUGCCCUGACUCUCUUUGAGGAUUCUGUGUACUGGACUGACCGUGGUACUCGGAAGGUGAUGAAAGCCAACAAGUGGCAUGGGGGAAACCAGUCUGUUGUAAUGUACAAUGUCCCCCAGCCACUUGGGAUUGUUGCCAUACAUCCUUCAAAGCAACCCGACUCCCCGAAUCCAUGUGCUUCGUCCCCCUGCAGUCAUCUCUGCCUGCUCUCUACACAGGGGCCUCGCUACUAUUCUUGUGCUUGUCCUUCGGGAUGGAACCUCUCUCACGAUUCUGUGAAUUGCAUGCGAGGUGAUCAACCUUUCUUGAUGUCUGUACAAAACUCCAUAAUUUUUGGAAUCUCCCUUGAUCCGGAGGUGAAGAGCAAUGAUGCCAUGGUCCCUAUAGCAGGGAUACAGAAUGGUUUUGAUGUGGAGUUUGAUGACUCAGAGCAAUUCAUCUAUUGGGUUGAGAAUCCAGGUGAAAUGCACAGAGUGAAGACAGAUGGCACCAACAGGACUGUGUUUGCUCCUCUCUCUCUGCUUGGGUCUUCUAUGAGCCUGGCCUUAGACUGGAUAUCAAGAAACAUUUAUUAUACCACGCCUGCAAGUUAUUCCAUUGAGGUGUUGACACUCCGGGGUGACGUCAGAUACAGGAAAACACUGAUAACCAAUGAUGGCACAGCUCUUGGAGUUGGCUAUCCAGUUGGCAUAACUGUUGAUCCUGCACGUGGGAAACUGUAUUGGUCAGACCAAGGAACAGAUAGUGGAGUCCCUGCCAAGAUUGCAAGUGCUAACAUGGAUGGCACGUCAUUGAAGACUCUUUUCACUGGGAAUCUUGAACAUCUGGAGGUUGUCACUCUUGACAUCAAGGAGCAGAAACUGUAUUGGGCGGUCACCAGCAGAGGAGUGAUUGAACGAGGAAAUGUGGAUGGGACCGAACGCAUGAUCCUGGUGCACCAUCUUGCCCAUCCAUGGGGACUUGCCAUCUUUGAUGCUUUUCUUUUUUAUUCUGAUGAGCAGUAUGAGGUUAUUGAGAGAGUUGACAAGGUCUCUGGAGACAACAAAGUAGUCUUGAGAGAUAAUGUUCCAGGACUGAAGGGCCUUCGAGUUUAUCACAGACGCAGCAUUGGCGAAUCCUCAAAUGGUUGUAGCAACAACAUGAAUGCUUGUCAGCAGAUUUGCCUGCCUGUACCAGGAGGAUUGUUCUCCUGCGCUUGUGCGACUGGAUUUAACCUCAAUCCUGAUCAUCGGACCUGCUCUCCAUAUAACUCUUUCAUUGUUGUUUCCAUGCUGUAUGCAAUCAGAGGCUUUAGCUUGGAAUUGUCAGAUCAUUCAGAGGCCAUGGUGCCCGUGGCUGGCCAAGGACGAAAUGUACUACAUGUGGAUGUCGAUGUGGCUGCCGGCUUUAUUUACUGGUGUGAUUUUAAUAGCUCUGUGUCUUCAUAUAAUGCAAUCAAUAGAAUCAAAUCAGAUGGGUCUUCUUUUACCAACAUUGUUACCCAUGGUAUAGGAAGAAGUGGAGUUCGGGGUAUUGCAGUGGACUGGGUAGCAGGAAAUCUUUAUUUCACCAAUGCCUUUGGAUAUGAAACCAUGAUUGAAGUUCUACGGAUAAAUACCACCUACCGCCGCAUUCUCCUUAAAGCCACAGUGGACAUGCCUCGGCAUAUUGUUGUAGACCCUAAGAACAGAUACCUCUUCUGGGCUGAUUAUGGGCAGAAACCAAAGAUUGAACGUGCUUUUCUUGACUGUACCAAUCGAACAGUACUAGUGUCCGAAGGCAUCGUUACACCACGAGGUUUGGCGAUGGACCAUAGCAAUGGCUAUAUUUAUUGGGUUGAUGAUUCUUUAGAUUUAAUUGCCAGGAUCCAUCUUAGCGGAGGAGAAUCUGAAGUGAUUCGUUAUGGAAGUCGUUACCCAACUCCUUAUGGUAUCACCGUUUUUGGAGAUUCUAUCAUAUGGGUAGAUCGCAAUCUGAAAAAAGUCUUCCAAGCUAGCAAGGAACCGGGGAACACAGACCCCCCCACAGUGUUAAGAGACAAUAUCUCCUGGCUCAGAGAUGUGACUGUCUUUGACGAGCGUGCCCAGCCCCGGACACAAGAGGAGAUCAACCACAAUCCUUGCUUGGAAAAUAAUGGUGGAUGCUCCCAUUUCUGCUUUGCUUUACCUGAAUUACCCACCCCAAAAUGUGGCUGUGCUUUUGGGACCUUAGAAAGUAAUGGCAAGAACUGUACCAUUUCAACAGAAAAUUUCCUUAUCUUUGCUUUGGGCAAUUCCUUGAGAAGCUUACACUUUGAUCCUGAAGACCAUAGCCCACCUUUCCAAGCCAUAGAUGUGGGAAGAGCUGUGGUGGCUCUGGACUAUGACAGCAUAAACAAUAGAGUCUACUUCACACAAAAUACAGGCCUUGGACUUGGCCAGGUUUCCUACAUCAGCUUGUAUUCUGGCAUCCAUUCUCCAACUGACAUUGUUUCCGAUGUAGGGACUGCUGAUUGUAUUGCCUUCGACUGGAUCAAUAGGAGAAUUUAUUACAGUGACUUCCUCAACCAGACCAUUAAUUCCAUGGCCGAAGAUGGAUCUCAGCACACUGUGGUAGCUCAUUCUACAAGGCCAAGGGACAUUGUGUUAGAUCCUUGCCGAGGGUACAUGUACUGGACUUCCUGGGGUAUCGUUGCCAAAAUUGAGAGAGCUACACUUGCAGGAAACUUCCGGGUUCCCAUUGUGAACACCAGCCUGGUUUGGCCCAAUGGGCUCAUUCUGGAUUUUGAGACAGACCUUCUCUACUGGGCAGAUGCUAGUCUGCAGAAGAUAGAGCGCAGCACUCUCACAGGCACGGGCCGUGAAGUCAUUGUUGGUGCCUCCUUUCAUCCUUUCCGUCUGACUCUCUAUGGCCAGUACAUUUACUGGACUGACUAUUUCUCACAAAAAAUUUACCGAGCUAACAAAUAUGAUGGGUCAGAUCUGAUUCCAAUGACCACGAAUUUGUUUUUCCAGCCUAGGGAUAUUUGCGUAGUUAGGAAAGAUGAGCAACAGCAUUGUAGCAAUCCUUGUGAUCAGUUCAAUGGGGGCUGCAGUCACAUCUGUGCACCAGGUCCCAAUGGAGCUGAGUGCCAGUGUCCACAUGUAGGUGACUGGUAUUUAGCUAAUAACAACAAACACUGUAUCAUGGACAAAGGCUCUCGAUGUGAUGCAUCACAGUUCACCUGCCUCAAUGGGCACUGCAUCAGAGAGCAGUGGAAAUGUGACAAUGACAAUGACUGUGGAGAUGGCAGUGAUGAGCUGGAAAGUGUCUGUGCCUUCCACACCUGCCGGCCAACAGCCUUCACCUGUGGCAAUGGGCGAUGUGUUCCCUACAAUUAUCGCUGUGAUUACUAUAAUGACUGCGGUGACAACAGUGAUGAGGCUGGGUGCCUGUUUCGCACCUGCAACAGCACCACUGAAUUUACUUGCAGCAAUGGGCGGUGCAUAUCUCUACAACUGGUCUGCAAUGGGAUGAACAACUGCUUUGACAACGACACUUCAGAUGAGAAAAAUUGCCCUGAUCGGACUUGCCAGUCUGGAUAUACAAAAUGUCAAACUACAAAUAUUUGUAUUCCUCGAACUUACUUGUGUGAUGGAGACAAUGACUGUGGAGAUAUGAGUGAUGAAAACCCCACUUUUUGCACCACACAAACAUGCAGCAGUACUGAGUUCCAGUGCACAUCUAGUUGGCGUUGUAUUCCACACCAUUGGCACUGUGAUGGUGACGUAGACUGUCCUGAUGGCUCUGAUGAACCUGCUUCCUGUGCAUAUGCUGAACGAACGUGCUUAGAACGUGAGUUUAAGUGUGAUGCUGGCAGAUGCAUCCCAAGAGCCUGGAUCUGUGAUGGAGAUAAUGACUGUGGGGACAUGAGUGAUGAGGAUGAAAGGCACCACUGUGAGAAUCAGACCUGCUCAAGUUCCGAAUUCCUCUGCGCAAAUAACAGACCUCCAGACAGAAGGUGCAUCCCCAAAGUCUGGGUCUGUGACGGUGAUGCAGACUGUUCUGAUGCUCUUGAUGAGCAUCAGAAUUGCACCAGGAGAUCUUGCUCUGCUGACGAGUUCACCUGUGGUAACGGGCUGUGUAUCCGACAAUCAUUUAGGUGUGACCAUCGCAAUGACUGUGGUGACUACAGUGAUGAGAGGGGCUGUUCAUACCCAACCUGCCCAGGGACUCAUUUUACCUGUCAGAAUGCUCGCUGCGUCUAUAAGCAGUAUGUCUGUGAUGGUGAAAAUGACUGUGGAGAUGAAUCUGAUGAGCUGGAUCACCUGUGCCAUACCCCUGCACCCACGUGUCCUCCUCAUCAGUUCAAGUGUGACAAUGGGCGCUGCAUCGAGAUGGGGAAUGUCUGCAACCACGUAGAUGACUGCACUGACAACAGUGAUGAGAAAGGCUGUGGAAUUAAUGAGUGCCAGAAUCCUUCAAUCAGUGGCUGUGAUCACAACUGCACAGACACCCUCACCAGUUUCUACUGCUCCUGUCUCCCUGGGUACAAGCUCAUGUCUGACAAACGGUCCUGUGCUGAUAUUGAUGAAUGCUUGGAGACACCCCACGUGUGCAGUCAGAAGUGUGAGAAUGAGGUGGGCUCCUACAUCUGUAAGUGCGCUCCAGGCUACAUCCGCGAGCCAGAUGGGAAGACCUGCCGGCAGAUCAGCAACAUCGAGCCCUAUCUCAUCUUCAGCAACCGUUACUAUUUGAGAAAUCUAACCACCAAUGGCUAUUCUUACUCCCUCAUCUUGCAAGGAUUGAGCAAUGUGGUGGGACUGGAUUUUGACAGAGUAGAAAAGAGGUUGUACUGGAUUGAUAAGGAGAGGCAAGUCAUUGAGCGAAUGUUUGUCAAUAAGACAAACAGGGAGACCAUCAUAAGCCACAGACUACCAGGGGCAGAAAGUCUAGCUGUAGACUGGGUUGCCAGAAAACUCUACUGGGUGGAUGCCAACCUGGAUUGCCUCUUUGUCUCCGACCUUGAAGGUCGAUACCGCCGCACUUUGGCCCAGCACUGUGUGGAUGCCAACAACACUUUCUGCUUUGAGAAUCCCAGAGGAAUUGUCCUUCACCCUCAAAAUGGGCAUCUCUACUGGGCAGACUGGGGUUACCGUGCCUACAUCGGAAGAAUCGGCAUGGAUGGAGCCAAUAAGUCAGUGAUUAUCUCCACCAAAUUAGAGUGGCCCAAUGCCAUCACCAUUGAUUACACCAAUGAUCUUCUGUACUGGGCAGAUGCUCACCUGGGUUACAUUGAGUACUCCGAUCUGGAGGGUCGCCAUCGGCACACGGUCUAUGAUGGCAUUCUGGCUCACCCCUUUGCCAUCACCAUCUUUGAAGACACUAUUUAUUGGACAGAUUGGAAUACGAGGACAGUUGAAAAGGGAAACAAAUUUGAUGGAUCUGGUAGGGUAGUGCUGGUGAACACAACACACAGACCUUUUGACAUCCAUGUGUACCAUCCGUACCGGCAGCCGAUUGUGAGGAAUCCCUGUGCUAUCAACAAUGGUGGCUGUUCCCAUCUAUGCCUCAUCAAAGCAGGGGGACAGGGAUUCACUUGCGAGUGUCCCGAUGACUUCCAGACCAUUCAUUUGAGUGACAGAACCCUGUGCCUGCCCAAGUGCUCCAGCACCCAAUUCCUGUGUGCUGACAAUGAAAAGUGUAUUCCUAUCUGGUGGAAAUGUGAUGGCCAGAAAGACUGUGCCGAUGGCUCUGAUGAAUCAGCCCUGUGUCCACAACGCUUUUGCCAGCUAGGACAAUUCCAGUGCCGGGAUGACAACUGCACCAGCCCCCAAUCUCUGUGCAAUGUUGACCGGAAUUGCCCCGAUGGCUCUGAUGAAGACUCUGCCCUCUGUGAGAAUCACCGGUGUGAGUCCAAUCAAUGGCAGUGUGCCAACAAGCGUUGCAUCCCUGAGGCCUGGCAGUGUGACUCAAUAAAUGACUGCCAAGAUAACUCAGAUGAGGAUAGUUCCCACUGUGCCAGUAGAACGUGCAAGCCGGGCCAGUUUAAAUGUGACAAUGGGCGCUGCAUCCCUCAGACCUGGAAGUGUGAUGUGGACAAUGACUGUGGAGAUUAUUCAGAUGAGCCCAUUCAGGAAUGCAUGAGCGCUGCCUAUAACUGUGACAACCACACAGAAUUCAGCUGCAAAACGAACUACCGUUGUGUCCCCCAGUGGGCUGUGUGCGAUGGUGUGGACGACUGCAGGGACAACAGUGAUGAGCAGGGCUGUGAGGAGCUAACAUGCAAUCCUUCGGGGGAUUUCCGCUGUGUAAAUCACCACUGCAUCCCUCUUCGCUGGAAGUGUGAUGGGCAGGAUGACUGUGGAGACAACUCAGAUGAGGAAAACUGUGCUCCUCGGGAGUGUACAGAGAGUGAGUUUCGCUGCUCUGAUGAGCAAUGCAUUCCUUCUCGAUGGGUCUGUGACCAGUACAAUGAUUGUGGGGACAACUCAGAUGAACGGGACUGUGAGAUGAUGACCUGCCAUCCUGAAGAUUUUCAGUGUACAAGUGGACACUGCAUUUCCAACCAACUGAAAUGUGAUGGAACAGCUGACUGUUUGGAUGCCUCUGAUGAAACCACUUGCCCUACUCGCUUUCCCAAUGGUGCAUACUGUCCGGCUUCUAUGUUCGAAUGUGAAAACCACGUUUGUAUCCAGCCACGUUGGAUAUGCGAUGGAGAUAACGACUGUGUCGAUGGUUCUGAUGAAGAGCUUCACCUUUGCUUCAAUGUUACCUGUGAAGCGCCUUCCCGUUUCCGGUGUGACAAUGGUCGCUGCAUUUAUUUUCACCAGCUGUGCAACACUCUGGAUGACUGUGGAGAUGGGACUGAUGAGAAAGUGGAGCACUGUAGAAAACCAACUCCUAAGCCUUGUACAGAAGAAGAGUUUAAGUGUGGCAAUGGAAAUUGCAUUUUACAGCACUACAUAUGUGACAACGUCGAUGACUGCGGUGACCGUUCAGAUGAAAUAGGUUGCAAUCUGGGAAAAGAAAGAACAUGUGCAGAAAAUCUGUGUGAACACAAUUGUACCCAACUGAAUGAAGGGGGAUUUAUCUGUUCCUGUAGAACUGGGUUCAAAGCUGAUACUUUGGACAGAAACUCCUGUCAAGACAUCAACGAAUGUGAGCAAUUUGGAAUUUGUCCUCAGAACUGUGAAAAUACCAAAGGAAGUUAUGAAUGUUUCUGUGCUUCUGGCUUCCAGUCUAUGAGCACUCAUCAUGGAGAACGGUGUGCAGCUGAUGGGGACCCACCUUUGUUUCUUCUGCCUGAGAAUGUUCGCAUUCGAAAAUACAAUAUCUCAUCUAAGAAGUACUCAGAGUACCUUGAAGAGGAGGAACACAUCCAAAGUAUCGACUAUGAUUGGGAUCCUGAGGGCAUAGGCCUCAGUGUUGUGUAUUACACUGUGCUAGCACAGGGCUCUAAUUUCGGUGCUAUCAAACGUGCCUACAUCCCCAACUUUGAAUCUGGCAGCAAUAAUCCCAUGCAAGAAGUUGACCUGGGCCUGAAAUAUAUAAUGCAGCCAGAUGGAUUAGCAGUGGACUGGGUUGGAAGGCAUAUUUACUGGUCAGAUGCGAAGAGUCAACGGAUUGAAGUGGCUAGACUUGAUGGAAGGUAUAGGAAGUGGCUGAUUACCACCCAACUAGAUCAACCAGCUGCAAUUGUUGUGAAUCCCAAACUAGGGCUUAUGUUCUGGACAGACCAAGGAAAAGAACCUAAAAUCGAGUCUGCCUGGAUGACCGGAGAGCAUCGUGUAGUUCUAGUUUCCCAGGACCUUGGUUGGCCAACUGGUCUUUCAAUUGAUUAUUUGAACAAUGACCGGAUCUAUUGGAGCGAUUCCAAGGAAGAUGUGAUUGAAACCAUAAAAUAUGAUGGCACGGAUAGGAGAACCAUUGUUAAUGAAGCAAACAAGCCUUACAAUCUGGACAUCUUCGAAGACCAGUUAUACUGGGUAGCUAAGGAGAAGGGAGAAGUGUGGACACAAAAUAAAUUUGGACAAGGAAACAAAGAGAAAAUGCUGUCCGUGAACCCUUGGCUCACUCAAGUUCGAAUCUUUCAUCAGCUUAGAUACAAUCAGUCAGUGUCCAACCCUUGCAAACAGAUCUGCAGUCAUCUCUGUCUAUUGAGACCUGGAGGAUACAGCUGUGCCUGUCCCCAAGGCUCCAGCUUCCUAGCCGGAAGCACUGUUGAGUGUGAUGCAGCUAUCGAGCUCCCUGUCACCAUGCCUGCGCCGUGCAGGUGUAUGCACGGAGGAAGUUGCUACUUUGAUGAGAAUGACCUCCCCAAAUGCAAGUGUUCCAGUGGCUACACAGGUGCAUAUUGUGAAAUUGGGCUUUCCAAAGGUCUCCCUCCAGGGACAACGAUGGCUGUGCUGUUGACGUUCCUCCUGAUCAUCAUCAUUGGAGCCCUGGUACUUGUAGGAUUUUUCCACUAUAAGAAAACCGGCUCCCUUUUGCCUGCUCUGCCUAAGCUGCCAGGCUUAAGCAGUCUUGUCAAACCAUCUGAAAAUGGAAGUGGGGUGACCUUCAGAUCAGGGGCUGAUGUUAACAUGGAUAUUGGAGUAUCUGGUUUUGGUCCUGAGUCUGAUAUUGACAGAUCAAUGGCCAUGAGUGAGCAUUUCGUCAUGGAGAUGGGAAAGCAGCCGGUGAUAUUUGAAAACCCAAUGUAUGCAAGCAAAGACAUUGCCGUCAAAGCGGAGCUGCCAGCCCAGGUGACUGUAUCUGAAAAUGUGGAAAACAAGAAUUAUGGAAGUCCUAUAGAUCCUUCUGAGAUAGAGCCAGAGCCAAAGCCAACUUCCCCCAGUGCUGAUGGGACUCAGGCCUCAAAAUGGAGUAUCUUCAAACGAAAACUCAAACAAACCAGCAACUUUGAAAAUCCCAUCUAUGCAGAGAUGGACAAUGAGCCAAAGGAAGGCGUGGCUGUGGCCCCUCCUCCAUCCCCCUCUGUCCCUGAGAAAGUGUCUUCCAAAAGAGACCCCAGCAUAGGCUACACUGCAACAGAAGACACGUUCAAAGACACUGCAAAUCUUGUUAAAGAAGAUUCAGAGGCCUAGCCACAUUGGUUAUUUAGGGAAUAAUUAGAAACACACUUUUGCACGUAUAUUUUUUACAAACAAAUGAAAAGAGAUAACAUUCAGUACUUUAUAAAAAAAUACUGUACAAAAAAUAUAUUUUUCUCGGGUUGCCUGGAGUCAGAUAUGUCUUAUAUAUGUGUGUUUUUUACUCAUGCUGUUUCAUAUUUUUACAAAUAAUUAUCACGAUGUACUAUAUGUAUAUCUUUGCACUGAAGUUGUCUGAAGGUGAUGCUAUAAAUAUAUUGUACAUUUGUAAAUUUUGGGAAGAUUAUCCCAUCACUGAAUUUGCAAAUAAAAUUACCUGUUGACUUGGUUGGUGAUCAUUAGAAUGGACUUAGACCUUUGAUCAUGUCUAAAGAAAAGAUAUUAUUUGUGUUUCCUUUAAAGCUAUUCAGGAAAGGAAUCCUUUCUUGGGUUCAUUAAUUCAGUGCAUCAGCAGUUAAUUACUGCUCAAAAUUACAUGUCGGCUUGAUUAAUAGGUGCAUGGCUAGAGGCCAUAGUCUCUGUAUAGACGUCUGGAUUUGCCUAGAGAUGCUUCAGAUGAUACAGAAGUUAGGGGUUGUGAAUGCAUUUCACCUCUCUGUACAUUUCUGUUGUCUCACCAGCUACAGCUUCACGUGUUCUCCGACUAGCUGCCAAGUCACCACUCUUAUUUGUAAUGUCUGAAGGAAAUCCCCAUGUGAUAAAGCAAACAUGUCACCUACACUGAGUUGGUAUUCGACUGAAUGACCUUUUUUCCUUAGAGCAAUGUAAGCCCUUGCCCAGCAUUUCUGGUGGUGACCAACCCCUAGUGACUGGAGCUCAGUAGCUGAAUGACUAAAACCAAAUCCAUGUCUGCAUAAAGCAAGGUGCAACACAUUCCUAAACUGCAAAGCCUCAGCUAGGUUUUGCUUUCUGUGUGUGAAGAUAGCAUUCUAUUGACUAUUUAUUUCCUGAGUUGAACAUGAAUAGAAAGGGAAACCAUUCUUACUGAGCCUUUUUUCAGGUCCUUUGCCUAAAUCUGUCCAUUGGAGUCAGGAUGUUCCGUAUAACCCUGAUCUUCUCAUUGUAGCUGGUCUAGUCUGAAGAACAAGAACCAUGACAGGAAUAUACAGUUUCCACAGCCAGCAGUGUUCCUGCCUCUCUGUGCUCAAAUUGCACAUUUGUUAAACCGAGAAUGAAUGGGUGGAUGAAUGGAUGGAUGAAAUGUACUACUGAUUAUUUUAAUCCUGAGCUCUCAAAAUAUUUGUAUUUUGAGUGUUGAUUGUAAUUACUUUGAUUAGACAUGCAACUGGAAAUGCUGCUGCUGAAAAUUUUCUAAUAAAUGUGUAUUUUAUCAGA